AUGACUUAUGUCGAAUUAGCUCUUAGUCUUGGUACAUCAUGGAUUGAACAAAAUUUAUCAUUAUUUAUAAAUCAUGUUCUUGAAUUAGCUGGAAAUCCUCGUUCAUCAACAUCGCAUGUUGAUUCAGUUUAUUCACGUAAAUGUAUUACAUUUAUUCUUCGUUCAGUUAUUGGUUCACGUCUUGGUGAAAAAGCACAAUUUGCUGCAGCUAAAGAACUUUCAGCAAUUAUAACACGUUAUACAACAUUACAAUUAAUACUAAAUAAUAUUAAUUCAUCACCAACAUCAACAAAUGAGUUAAAUAUAUCAACAGGUUCAUCGUCACUUAAUUCAAAUACUAAUUCAAUGAUACAAUCCUAUGCAUCAUCAUCAACAAAUACAUUUGAAUCAUCAUCAUCAAAUAUUGAAUAUACUCAACAUAUACUUAUUUGUGCUUUAUAUGAACUUAGUUUAUUAGGACAAAGAGUUGGAACAUCAAUAUCUUUAUUAUUACAAGAUAGUUGUCAAGGAUUAAUUGAUACACUUUUUUUAGCUAUUCUUAAUCCAUCACAUUCAGUAAGAUUAUCAGCAGCAUGGUGUCUUCGUUCAAUUACAACAGCAUUACCAUCACUUAUGAUACCAAUGAUUGAUCGAUGUUCGGAAAAAAUAAAAACUUUAGCAAAACAAUCAACUUCAUAUAAUACAGAUGCUAUGUCCGGAUUUGCACUUACUUUACAAGCUUUACUUGGAGCUGUUUAUCGAUGUCCAUUAGGUAUUCCUUCACAACGUGCAAAAACUAUAUUUGAGUUUGCUGAUGAUUUACUUCGUACUGCAACAGCUUCAACAGCUGGUCAACAACAAUCUUUAAUAGCACGUGUUGUACUUCAACGUACUCAUACAGUAUGGCAUUUACUUGCUGCAUGCUGUGCACUUAGACAACAAGUAAUAAAAAAAAUUGUUCCACAUUUAGUUCUUCUAUGGCGUAAUGUAUUUUCACGAUCACAAGCUGAUUUUGAACAAGAAAAACAACGUGAAGAUUCAUUUACAUGGACACUAUCAUUUAAUCAAUGUUCAGGUGCACUUUGUUCAAUGAUAUCAUUUUUAAAUAAUUGUUCAAUAGAUGUUGAUCAUUUAAUAACUGAUGAUUCACUUAAACUACCAACAACAAUGUUUUGUUUACGUUUAUAUGAACUUCUUUUACUUAUACCAAUUAAAUUUUAUGAACAUCUUUAUCAAUUGUUAACAAUAAUUGAUGCUUAA